AUGAUGCUUUGGGGAGUGCGGGAGUGGACCUUAGGAUCGAACCCAUACGAUCAGUACCAGAGCUACAGGUCAUACGAGGACCGCGCCCGAAAACAGCCUGCAAAACCUAAUUUCGACACAAGGUUUCUGGGCACGACUAUGCGCGCCAUCGGCAGCCAACACAAAGUGACGAAAAUCUCGGAGGAUACUGUCAACUACCUCGCCCUCUCCCUGCGCGCGCGCCUACAAGACUUAAUCACAGCCAUGAUCGACGCGUCUGCACACAGAACGGACGCGCAAUUCGACCGACCCGCAUCACUAUACGAGGAUGGCAGUCCUAUGUGGAGCGUUGUCGUCCGCAGCGACGUCGCCAAACAGCUAGCCGCGAUCGAGCGCGUAGAGCGCGAAGAAGAGAUGCGUGUACGACGAGAACGGAAAGAACGCGCUGAAGCGGCAGCGGCGGCACAGUCGGCCGCGCUCGCUGCGCAGAACGCAGCGGGAACGUCGGUGGAUGGCGAGGAUGGCGAGGGUGGACCGAAGAAGAAGAAAAAGAAGGAUGGGCCAGGCGUUACAGCGCGCAACAUGUCCGAGGACACGCGAAAGAAGAUGUCGAACGCGGUGGCAGCACAGGCAGCCGGACUGAGUACUGGUAAAUACGCUUGGAUGACGCAGGCGAACGCGGCAGCGCCGCCGCCGAAGCCAAAGCCCAUAGCAACGUCGGGCUCAGCGACCACCCCGGCGACUACGACGGCUCCUUCGCCGAGCGCGACUGCGGCGGGAGGAUGGGCGCGGCCCUAUGUGCCCACGAAACAAACACAAUCACAGAUGCAAGACGAGAAGGAUAUGCGAAGGGCGAUCACAAUGCGAGAUGCCCUCUUUGUAAUCGAGAAGGAGCGGGGACAUGGCGAAGUUGUUGGAGAUCGGAACGCAACGUCUGCACUACGAUUGCGCGAGGAUCUAUCGGGGAGCACAGACAGAGCAGCUGCGGGAAUGACCCUUCUGGUCUCAUACCCACCCGCAUCAUCCUCGCACCCGGACCACCGCGGUGGUGAGGUGCGGAUUUGGAACAUUGGGGUACAAGACCAAUCCUCGCCGACAAACAAAGACAAUGAUACCACUACCGACACGAGAACAACACUCGAGAUGCAGGCCAUACACCGUCUUCCAGUGUCGAUCUGUGCAGCGCGGCGCCUAAACGCAUACAAUGUCCCAUACAGGCUGCCCACCGAGAUACUAUGGGAGAUCUUCCUGUUCGCUGCCGCCAAAUAUCGUGAAAAGAACCACUGCAUCGGCGUAUCUGCGCCGGCCUCAACAUUGGCGCCUCUUUUGAAGUGUGCGACGUCGUUGCGGCACUUCGUGAUCAAUCAGUCCCACAACAUCCCGAUUCCUACGGAGUUUACUCGUGCCUUACGCUCUAUGCAAGAUCUCGAGACGCUGAGCUUGAUAGGAAUAUUCAUUUUACCUCAAGAAGGGAUGGGUGCCAUACAUCUAUCUCGCCUUCGCUCCAUACGCCUUGCCUGUUCGCCUUCCCUGUCGGCCGAACACCUUACUAUGUUGUCUCCGUCGUCUGAUGUGCGCGUCAAGUUCGAUUGGCACACCUAUGAUUGCAUAUCUGGAAAGAUUCGCAAUAUGCAGUCACUGCAGGUUGUUCUCUCUCCCAUCAUUUCUCCGUGCACAACUGUCUCAAUCCGAAAACCCACCAACGAAAUACCCCACAUUAUUGUGUCAUACCGUGACGCAUCGCAAGAACCAUUGAGGACGCUCAUUGAUCUAGAAUUGGCCUCGCUGGUGAUCUGGAUACGGGGGCCCGAAAAUCUUCAGCAAGAGGCCUUGGGGUGGUUGUGCAGGCUGCUGCCCCUCGAGCAAAUUCGGACGCUUGAAUUGGCUACGGGAAAUGUGCACGUAAUGAGGGCCAAGGGGGCGUGGAAGAAGAGGCUGAAGAAUGUGACGGUGGUGCGCACGACCGCGUAUACCAUCGGAAGACACCGAAUCCUGGAGGAUCUGUGGGCGGUCCCGCGGCUGGGGUUUCUAAGUCGAGACCAAGUUACGGACGACGAGCUGUUCUUUAUCCCCCGGUUGGAGGCGCUCCAGAUUGUCGACUCGGAUGAUAAGAGCAAAGAGAGUGAUCACAUGGAGGAGAUAUUGCGGCAGCGCAGAUGUGUCCUCGACGAGUGGCACCAGAUGUCCACAGGAUCAAUUUCAGUGCGAAUGUAUAUGGGCGAGACGUCAUCGUUUCACUACGUCAAGGGCCACGAGUUGAAUGACUACUCUGACAGUGACAAACGCUUCCUGCAAGUACUGGUCCAUGAGGAUGCUAUUUUUGCACAAAAUGUCUUGGCAAGGCGGCCGCCACAAAUCGCCGGCGUUCCGAUGAUAAGAUAUAAGCGCGUCCGCAUCUCACACCGACAUCAUCUCCUGAUGAUAUUGGUUCUUGAAGGCAUUCCUUGGAGUACCUUUGAUUUCGCAAAUUUGGCUGUCGCGUUUGUUGCCAACUGGCAGAUCGAUGUUGACGUGGCAGCAUGCGGUCAUCUAGACCAACGUUUCUUCGAGACCGAUCGCAAUAUUGCGGAGAACAGCCGACUUACCCCAGAUUUUAGAUACCGGCGCGGAACCCCGAUCACGGCACCGUAUCUUGGCAAAUCUGCAAUCCCUCGUCCGAAAAUGCCGUCGACGCCUAGCCACAUGAGGCGGGGUCCAUGGUCGGAUUGA